AUGGUUGUGCAGUUAGUAUUCGAAUACUGUAGCGAUUGGCACAAUGGCAAAUUUCAAACGUUCCCGCGCCAUCCACCCUUGACGUUGCGACGGCUGGAUCAACUGCGAAUCGUUCUUGGAGUGCAUGAUCUGAACAACGCUUCGGAGCAACGCGUGGAAGUGACCGCUCGAGCGGCAAAUUUGCUAUCCGGCUUUCGACUGGGAGUUUUUUCGAGGAGCAUUGCUUUGAUCGAAAUUAGAGAACACUGCCAAUCCAGCCCUACCAUCCAACCCGCUUGCAUUUCAAACUGCAGGCAAAUACUAAUCCCAGGAUUUACGUUUAGAAUCUUUGGGGUCGAGGACAACUUAGGCAGCUUCGCCGUCAAGGUCUUGCGACUGAAGGUCCAGAAUCAAAGUGAAUGCGCGAGCGCCAUUCGUAGCUUUUAUCCUCGAUAUCAUCGUUGUGCUGCGCCGGUGUCCCACUGGAAUGAUCUUACCUCAUCUGAUGUUGGAAGCCCUAUUGUUCUUGUGUUUGGAGGAAGGUCCAUUAUGUACGGGUUUCUGAUAGGCACCACCGCAAACAAAGUGUCCGCCAUCGCUGAUGCUCAGGCUUAUAGAGAUCUUUUGAACGUAUUUGCUGAAGAACUGAUGAUUGCACCAGACGGUGUUCUACCAACUGUAAUUGAAUGA